AUGUUCAUCAUGGUGUUCAUCUAUCGACAGUUGAACAGUUAUUGGUAUCAGUUUGAUGUUGAUCCAGAAUCACAACUUAUGGGCCCAAUCACCGAGGAAUGGGAGCCAACAUUUGAGAUUGAUGCCGUCCAAGAUGUGAUCCCACUUCCACCUUAUGCAGAUUUUGCGACCAAGGCUGCAUACCAGGAUAGGAUUGGUGAACCAAAGACUGGAUUCACCAAGACUCAUAAGAUCAUCAACAUCACAGAGAUGAAGCUCAACAUCUCCAGUUGUCAAGAUCCUUAUGAUCCAAACUUCUAUGGAACGCACGAUUAUCAGAAACUUGACGGUACUAUCAAGUUUGUGGAGUUGAUCAUCUCCAAACAGGAAUAA